AGCCCAGCCCAGCCCCACUCUCCGUCCUGACGUCCUUCCUCGAUGCUGGUGUGUGUGACACGCUGCUUUUUUGAGGAGGAAGAUUGUAAGAGCAGCUGCCUCGUUUUUCUCUUCUCUGAGAAAGGAGGGAUGUUGUGAAGGAUAUACCUCUCCUGUAUACUUUCUUUCCUUCCUUCUUUUUGUCGCCUUUGUUUGAAAUCUUUACGCUUACAUCUAAUGCAAGACCGCGAGGGAUUGAAAGGGUGAAAGGCAUCAGUCUGGGUUCCGUCUGUACACUGCUCUUUCUGGAUUUUUUAUUUUUUAUAAAUUGAUUAAUUUAUCUUCCUGGAAAUGUACACAGAGGGAGCUUCUUUGAAGGGCAGUAUGUUUACAUGGAGAGGAUUACUUCAGCUAAAAGACACUCGUCUGUGACUAAAACCAGACAGAGGCGGAUUUUUAGGUAUUUUUGUGUGCUUGUUGUAGUGGGAGCUUUAAAAGAGGAACAGGGCUAAGAGUGUACAGCUCUUUUGUAAUGGGAAGCAGUGAGGUUUAAUGAGAAUGGAAACACUGCUCGGGACAUUUCAUCAUUUCUCUACAGAAAACCAGCCUCUCCAGUCAGACUGAUGCAGACACCAGGGCCACAUAGGGCAAAACUUUCGUCUCGGGCGUAUUAUUUAUUUAUUUAUUUCCUUUUAUCCAGCACUGUGUGCGGGGUUAACGCCGUAAGCAAGUGAACAUGUGGAUUAUUUGACCAAAAAUAAUUAAAUAAAAUCGUGUUUUUUGUAGCAGAAGAGAGCCAAGCCCAGUCUGGUUGGGUUGGGGCACUGGGCUUUUGAUUGAUUUCGCCUAAAGAAGAACAGGGAGCGGAGAUGCAGCUGGCCAAAUGACGGCGGAUUUUCUUUGCCAGGCUCCAUUUUAUCCACAGAGGGAAUAAAUAAAGUGUCGUUGUCGAAGUUGAAGGACCCCAGGGACCAUGUCUUCUCGGGCAACACUGCAGACCGACAGGAAUUCAGACCACCAUGCUUCACUCUCUGCCAGCCGCUCGGACAAGGGCUCAGCCUGGUCGAAUCGCUCACUGGGAGCUCGCUGCCGCAACUCCAUCGCUUCCCUCUCAGACGAGCAUCCUCACAUCGGCAACUACCGGCUACUCAAAACCAUCGGCAAGGGCAACUUUGCGAAAGUGAAGCUGGCACGCCACAUCCUGACUGGCAGAGAGGUCGCAAUAAAGAUAAUUGACAAAACCCAACUCAACCCAACCAGUCUACAAAAGCUUUUUCGAGAGGUACGGAUUAUGAAGAGCCUCAACCACCCAAACAUAGUUCAGCUCUUUGAAGUGAUUGAAACAGAGAAGACACUGUACCUUAUAAUGGAGUACGCCAGCGGUGGUGAAGUUUUCGACUACCUCGUGGCCCAUGGGAGAAUGAAGGAAAAGGAGGCACGGGCUAAAUUUCGACAGAUUGUAUCUGCAGUUCACUAUUGUCAUCAGAAGAAGAUUGUCCAUAGAGAUCUAAAGGCAGAAAACCUUCUGCUCGAUGCAGAUUCCAACAUUAAAAUCGCGGACUUCGGCUUCAGUAACGAGUUCACGCUGGGCAGUAAGCUGGACACGUUCUGCGGCAGCCCCCCUUAUGCCGCCCCUGAACUUUUUCAGGGCAAGAAGUAUGAUGGGCCUGAGGUGGAUAUCUGGAGCCUGGGGGUCAUUCUUUACACACUGGUCAGCGGAUCACUGCCUUUUGAUGGCCAGAACCUCAAGGAGCUGCGUGAGCGGGUGCUGAGGGGAAAGUAUCGUGUGCCGUUCUACAUGUCCACUGAUUGUGAGAGCAUCCUGCGCAGGUUCUUGGUGCUCAACCCUGCCAAGCGCUGUACCCUAGAGCAAAUCAUGAAAGAUAAGUGGAUGAAUGUUGGCUAUGAGGUAGAUGAACUGAAGCCACACGUAGAGCCUGUGGAGAACUACAAUGACCCGGAGAGGAUAGACGUAAUGAUAGGGAUGGGCUUUUCCCGUGAGGAGAUCAGGGAAGCGCUGACCACUCAGAAGUACAACGAGAUCACUGCUACUUACCUGCUGUUGAGCCGCAGGAGUGAGGAUGGCAGUGAGUCCAGAUCGAGUAGUACUCUGUCUUUAGCACGGGUUCGACCCAGUCCGAUAACCAAUGGUACCAGUAAACACUCCUCCACCUCCUCAUCCAGCUCGGCCUCCACCACCCACAGCAAACCACAGCGUAGUGCCUCCACCUACCACCGUCAGAGGCGGCACAGUGACUUCUGUGGUCCUGCAGUGACUACAACUCAUCCUAAACGUAGCCCCACCAGCACAGGAGAGUCUGAGUUGAAGGAGGAGCGUUUGUCCACGAGAAAGGCAGGCUGCAGUGUGGUGGCCACUCGUAACAUCCCACCCUCCAGCCCCAUGGUCAGCACAGCUAACAACCCCAACAAAGCAGAGAUCCCUGAUCGCCGCAAGGAAGCUGUUGUCGCCUCAAGCAACGUACCAGCAAGUGCCAUGACCCGCAGAAACACAUAUGUAUGUACAGAUCGCUCAGGCACUGAUAGACACACCUUACUGCAGAACGGCAAGGAAAACAGCUCACAUUCACACCGUUUACCUCCAGCCUCUCCCUCCACACACAGCAUAUCUGGGGCGGGGGUGGCUUCAUCCUCCUCAGCCGAACGCUCCCGCCUGACCCGAGGUUCCACUGUCCGCAGCACUUUUCAUGGCGGUCAGCUCCGGGAGCGCCGGGUGCCUGCGCAUGCCCCACCAGCCUCCCCCACUUUGUCCCGCGCUGCCAGCCCGCUGCCCCACACCCGCACCCGCGCCACCUCAAACCUCUUAAGCAAACUCACCUCCAAGCUUACACGCAGGGUCAAUCUUGACCCUUCUAAGCGUCAGAGCUCAAACAAGUCCGUCUCUGGCUGCCCUCUGCCACAUGGAUCGAAAACAGUUAACGAACCUGAGAGAGUCUGCAGAUCUCCGGUCACAAGUCGCCAUCUAUCUGGGUAUCAAAAAGCGGCAGAGCCCCGGCCCCCCCGAUGCGGCUGGGAUGUGAAGGUGCAGAGCGCGCGGGAUCCAGCCGAGGUGGUACUGGCAGUCCGUGAGGCGGCGCAGGGCUGCGGUUGCCAGGUGCACCAGGCUGGUCCGUUCCUCCUCUCCUGCACACACGGUGCUGCCGGCUCCCGGGUAGCAUUCGAGGCUGAAGUAGGCCACCUGCCUACAGAGGCCAGCGGGGUCCGAUUCAAGCGCCUAUGGGGGGCGCCAGUCGCUUUUCGGGACAUUGCUACCAAAGUGUCCAAAGAGCUGGAGCUUUAAACGGCAACAGUGGGCAGAAGGGUAUGGAAGCAAAGCCGGGGACAAUAUAAUGGCAACCUCCCUACACCCACUCGUACAGACUCUGAAACAAACAUGGAGAGCAUCAUGGUUGCCACAUACAGGCCCAGCUGAAAGAAAUCCCCUCCCCACUGAUUCCUACUCUGUGUCUUAGCCAAGCUAUUUGCUAUUCCAGUUUUGACAGACAUUUAUCAUCACCACGGCAUCUCAGCCCUUCAUGUCAUUUCCUUUUAACAGCUGCUAUUACAUUUUGAACAUUUCUUUUUGUUCCUUUAAAACUUGCACCAUCCUGAACACUUCGAUUAUCCAACAUUUCCUGAAGACCAGUUCUUUUGUGUGUAUUUUAUAUUAACAUUUUCUGUGGAUGGAAAAACAGCCUAAACACAGGUUUAAGAGCUGCCUAAUUGGAAUAAAAAUCUGUAUAAACCUGUGAGAUUUGGGGAUAAGUGAUGGCUGCUCUUCUGAGCCACUAACAUUGUAGCCUUUGUGGCUUUUUGUUUGUCUGCGUUUCAGCAGUUGUUCUCAGUAAUGCAACUUCUCUUGUUGUACAGUAGCACUUUAGGGUUGAGUGAGAAUCACUUUUUUUUAACUGUGUUUCCCCUUAAAUCAGGGGUUGUCCAGUCUUAUCUGGAAAGGGCCGGUGUGGAUGCAGGUUUUCCGUUCCAACCAAGCAGAAACCACACCUGAGUCUACUGAAAGCCAAGAUCAACUGAUUUAAAAGGUGGAUUCAGCUGUGGCUUCUGCUUGAUUGGAAUGAAAACCUGCAUCCACACCAGCCCUUUGCGGAUUAGAUUGAGCACCCCUGCCUUAAAUGGUACACUGCGCCUGUCAAGCCAAGUCAAAACACAACACACCUUCUGUUGUUCUGUAAGUAUUAUGCUGGUGAGAAGCCUCUGUUAUACAGCCAAUAGAGGAUCCUGCUAAACGGACACAAAACUGCAGCUUUCCAUUGAUUUGUUAGAAGCAUUCACCAUCUUAAACAAGGAAAUAUUUACAUGCACUGUGCAAAAUUGCUUCAGCAUUCAUUUGUAUAAAACCCUGGAGCGUACAAAUCUAGCUGUAGCCUUGGAUCUGUCACCUAACAGUUGUAGAUGUACUAUAUUUUUGAUAAUGUGACAAGUGUUGGGGUGCUAAAACAUCUGCCAAAUUAUCCUGUGAUAUAAUUUCAGCACUGUUUGAUGUAAAUUACUUUGUAUUCCUAGCUCAAAAUGGCCUCUCUAAGUCAGUGUCAUUAUUACUGUGUGCCGUAGUGCGCUGAUGUAGUGAUAUUAGCGUGUGAAGAGAUGUACUGACCGCCCGGUGCCAGCUAUCCUUCAUGAAAUUAUAGCUGUACAGUUCCUGUGAGCACUGUUCUGAAAUGUUUGUUAAGGCACAAGGGCUAUCUAAAGAGAGUAUGUUCCUAAAUUUCACUGAACAAUUUGUGAACAGGAAUUGUUUUAUUGUGAGCCACAAUCUACUACCAUGGUAAAAAAAAUAAUAAUAAUAAUAAUUCUAAAACCAAGAUUAAAAUUUUUUAUUUAUUUUUUUUUUCUUCAGAUUUUGAUUCUUACUUGUUAGUCUAUGGAAACUUCAAAAAUUUUAGCAAGCAUAUUAAAUAUACUCAAAUUAAUUUCUUAUUAUGAGAUUAUUUUAAGAACUAUAACAUCAGUACCUUAUUUCUAGACAUAUUUGUUAAUCUCCAGUUUGAAGUUGUCUUAUUCUGUUGGCAGAUAAUUUAGCUUCUAUAAACAAAUGCUUGGAAUUAUUUUCUAAUAGAAUAAUACAAUUUUAAACUUGAAAUUUGUAAAAUUGCCUACCGGUAGAUAUCUAUAAAUUGUAAUAUUCUCAUAAUAAGAAAUAUUUGCUAAAUUUGCUUAUAAUAUAAAAAAAAAUUAAAUCAGCUUAAAAGCCAUGUCUUUUUGAUCGAGGCUCUGGAGUAGAAAAACUCUUGGGUUUCUUAGGCUUGCUGUUUAUUGGUUCCCUGGUUGUACUGGCGGUGUUGAUCAAUGAUUUAUGCAUUGUGACGUGUUUUUAACAUGGAUGCCAGAACGUGCCAAUUCAUGUUUACAGUCAAGGAGCAUUCACAAUUCACAGCUCAGUGUGCUUCUUUAAUGACUUGGUGCCUUGCUGAUUCAAUUAAUUGUCACCAAGAUUCUGGGAUUACAUAAAACCAAAUGAUACACUAUUUAAAAAUCUGGUCGCGGAUCCGGUCAGAAGCAAAUGCAGUCCAGGGCAAAGCCUUAAAGGUUGAACUGGUCUCAAGUACUUAUAAAUGGGGGCAUAUAGCGUGAACCUAGAAAACAUAUGAAAAAUCUCUCUAUUCCAGCCGAGUGUGUGCGUGUGCGUGUUUAUGUAUGUCUUUGUGUGUAGGGGGAUUGAAUUUUCAAUUAAAAUAAAAACACUGUGUGGCUUUUGUUCUUUAGUUAAUAAACAUAAGUAGUCUUAACCCCUUAAACUAGCGGGACAGGUGGGCGGGUCCAGUUAUACAUUCUUCACUCCUGUAUGUGCAUACAUUUCCUAUUGGUUUCACUGGAAUUGCAAAAUAAUUCAUCAUAGUUACAAAAUAUGAAUGUGCUUAAGGGGUAAAGUACUCAACACUGUUAUGUUAAGCCACUGUUUCACAAACCGGUCCUCAGGGAUCCCAGAUACUCCACAUUUUGCUGUGUCACAGCUCCCAGUACACCUGAACACUGGAUAAUCCUGAAGACCUGGUGCGGGUGUGUUGGGAGGAAGGACUGAGGACUGGUUUGGUAAACACUACAAUAAGUGUUGUGUUCACUAUGUUCUUUGGUGAAAUAAUAAAAAAUAAUAGCCUCUGCUGGUCAUGUGGCUUGUCAUGACAUCAAAAUAAGAAGUAGCCUUAGUUACCCUGAGCAAAAAUGCCUUUUUUUCUUGUGUGUAUGUGUGUGUGUGUGUUACCUUCCACAUAUGUAAAGUGUCAAAAACAUUAUGUAUUUUUGUUUUGCUCCAUUUUUAAGCAGGUUAAGUUAAAAGAAGUCAUUUUCUGCUUAAAAGUAAGACUGCCUGCUAGGUUAGCAUUGGCAGUUUUGACUCCUGAGGUAAAUCAUCGCCUACUGUCUCUUCUCCUCCUGCAAGGCUAACUGACUGUAUAAAUAUGUAAAAUUGUGUAGGUAAAUUAUGAUUUCAUUUUGUUCUUUUAAAAGUUUUAGAUUAUUUUUCUGCUUGUAUGUGAACAGAAAGGGGAACAGCUGAGGUGACUGAGGAAUAAACUCAUUGACUUUAAA